UAACGUUUUACUAGAGUUUAGACUCACAGAUUAUCCAAUGAGAUGCGUUUUUAAAAAUCGAUGAAGACAACCGGAAGUUUACAUCAGCAGAGUUAGCUCAGUGCUUGUACGCUUUUAUUACCAAGACAGCACAAAUUUACGCAGCCGAGAUGGUUUGCGAAAAAUGCGAAAAGAAGCUCGGAAAAGUCAUCACUCCUGACACUUGGAAGGAUGGAGCACGAAAUACGACAGAGAGCGGAGGCCGUAAACUAAAUGAAAACAAGAUGCUGACAUCUAAGAAAGCCAGGUUCAACCCCUACAGUAAGACAGGCUUUGCCAUCUGCAGAAUCUGCAAGAGCUCAGUCCAUCAGCCUGGAUCACACUACUGCCAGGGCUGUGCCUACAAGAAAGGAAUCUGUGCGAUGUGUGGAAAAAAAGUUUUGGACACCAAGAACUACAAGCAGACGUCAGUGUGACACCAGAGAACAUACAUUUGAGACCGUCGAGGAUUAAAGAUACUUCGACAGUUCAACAUCAUCUCCAAAUUAACCAUUAAGCUUAAAGUAAUACGUUUUGUAUAUUUUAAAAUUCAAUAUCUGAGUUUUUUUUUUUUUUUUUUGCAUUUUAGUGCAUUGAUUUAUGUUGUAUAUUCUGUCUUGACUCAAUUAAAGCUUCCAUUGUGAGGAGA